GGUUACUCUUUACAUUUCGAAGGUCUUUUUUAUCCAAAAUCAAGAAAACCCCGUCAAGAAUCUGUUUUUAUUCCAUUUGUUUCAGUAUUUCACAGAUUCUUGGAAAUUGGAAGAAUUUACUUCAUACCCAAGAAUGAAAAUGUUGAGAAUUUUCAUUUUCUUGGUGUUGUUUAGUUUUGCCAUUGGAAAUGAAAAUCUCAACUCUCAUGUGUUUCCUAGGCCAUUAAUUAUCGAGUAUCCUGAAAAUAAUGAGCCCCAAUUGAAGGAAUAUGAUGAACUUAAGUUGUUGAAAUGUACAAGUUGGAGGUUUGCUGUUGAAGCUAAUAAUUUAAGUCCAUGGAAGACUAUUCCAGAGGAAUGUGCUGAUUAUGUGAGGCAAUAUAUUGUGGGUCCGGGUUAUAAGAUGGAUAUUGAUAGAGUUUCAAAUGAGGCUGGAGAAUAUGCUAAAAGUGUGAAUUUGGGAGAAGAUGGCAAAGAUGUGUGGGUUUUUGAUAUAGAUGAGACUUUGCUUUCUCAUCUUCCUUAUUAUUCUGACCAUGGUUAUGGAUUGGAGGUUUUUGAUAGCGUGGAAUUUGAUAAAUGGGUUGAGAAGGGAACGGCGCCAGCCUUAGGGUCCAGUUUGAAGCUUUAUCAAGAAGUUCUGAGUCUGGGAUUCAAAGUUUUCUUGCUGACUGGUCGCAGCGAAAGACACAGAAAUAUUACGGUGGAGAAUUUGAUGAAUGCUGGAUUCCGUGAUUGGCACAAGCUCAUUCUGAGGGGCUCAGAUGACCAUGGUAAAACAGCAACAACCUUUAAAUCAGAGAGGAGAAAUGAG